UGAUCCAGUCGGAUUCAAUUAAAGUGGUUGGAUCGAGGCGGGGCUCUGCUUUUUAACCUGUGGGGCUGAGGUGUGGAAGGGAAGGGGAGGGGAGCGUGGAGCGGAGGUGGGGAUCUUUUAAUUAGCUCCACUCGGUCUCUGCAGGCUUUUCAUCUUCUUGCGAAGGGUGACCCAGCUUUUGCAGGCAAACUUCAGACAAAAGAAAACACCCUUGCUCUCCGCUCAAGGCUACAGUUUUGUUUUUUUUUUCUUCUUCGCAGCUGCCAGGUGGAUAUUUGGACUAUAUAUAGAGAUUUAUUUUACUGUCACGCUGGACUUGUGACAUGUGGUAGGAUGAUGAACUAAAAAGUGCUCCCAGGAUAUCCUUAAGCAGCGUGUUUGUGCAGGAGUCACCCACAGACACGCUUUUUUAAUAAAUCCAAACGUCCCCAUUGGUUGCGUUUACACAUGCUCGUGGACCUCUGCAAGAACCGCUCCCAACAGAGACGCCUGUGAGUUCGGAUAGGGAGCAGCCGUGGAGAAACCGGAGUGGGAAGUCAGGAAAACACGGGGCUAAGUGUGUGAGAAUAUGUGGGAUCAGGCCCUGCAGCAAAAAGCAUGUGGCAUGUGUUUGAAAGCUCUCUUGGUGUGUUUUUCUGCGCUCAUAUUGCCUUAUGUGUGGAAAAGAACCGUCCCUUUAUUUCAUCACAAGUACUAGACCGCAUAACUCUGCGGCUGAGUUACUUUGCAUGAAGUUUUGCCCUGUCCUGUAAACAAACCAUGCGCCUUUUGUGCAGGAAGUAUUACUCUCUAUAGACAACUUGAGGAAGUAGGGGGGGAAGAGACUGAAUGUGGACCGGGCAUUAAAGUACCCACUGUGUUGACAAGUUUUCAAAAAAACUCAACAUAAAAAAUUUUUCUAAACCAAUUUCCCCCUCCCAACCUUUACUUUUGGGAUAGAUUUAUGGUUUUGUGUAAUAUUUUCCAAUGAGCAGGCAGUAAGUGAACCUUGCAGUCUCAAGUGCGUCUAAACAGACGAGAAUGUAGAGGAAUGCAGGGAUUGACGUCAAGAGGGGCUAUUAUGAACUGCUCUAAAGCUUUGGAUGGUUUUCUGGUAUUGCUACAACCAGAGCACUGAAAUCAUUUUCUACUGUUUCCACAUGCUUUGCCUUACCUUCCUGUCAAGAUUUCUCUCACAAUUAACGGUGCCUUCUAAUAGUAGUUUUCAUUUUGGAUAGAGCAAUAGAUAACAUGGCAUCUCCCCAGCAUCAGAAACUGCUGCCACACAACACAGAAGUGAGCUGCGACUCAAGUGGAGAUGGAGGCGUCUCCGUGCGAAUUGGCAGCAGUGUCAAACACAGGCAUGGAGGAGGGCCGCUGGGUUCAAUCGGUGGAGGCUUCAUCGGGGGCACCAAGCACUGCAAGUACAGCAUCUCAUCUAGCUGCAGCUCGGGGGAGUCUGGGGUGAGGAGGCCCAUGGUGAAGAGUUUCCGUGCUAAUAAGGGGAUGCCUCAGCUAUUCGAGAGGUCAGCAGGUCAUUUCUGGGACCCUAAGUUUGACUCUUCUAUCCUGGAGGAGGCCUGUAGAGAGCGAUGUUUCCCUCAGACCCGGCGGCGCUUUCGUUAUGUGCUCUUUUAUCUGGUGGCUGCCAGUUUCUUCUGGGGGUUGUAUUUUGCUGCCCAUCCUUCCUGCUGUGACAUAGUUGUUUUUCUCCUCCCAACUGCUUCCUUCCUCAUCUUCUGCCUUCUCCUCUUUCUACUGACUUUUACUAAGCUUUAUUCUCGCUGCUACAACCAGGCUUCCCUGCUGCUUAUCUUUGUAACCUUCAUAUUGACCCUGGCCCCUCAGAUCCAGACAUUAGGAUUCAGGGACCCAGAUUCCAGGUCAUCUGAAUUUGAUGGGGGGAAAAGCCAUGGCAUAGGGCCCACAAACAACAAGUCCAACAACAAGUUAGUUGGGGGUUCUAAUAAGUUUCCCUGCAUUUCUCCUGUGGGCACUUUCUCCCUCUGUAUUGAGGUUCUACUGUUACUGUACAGCGUUCUGCAUGUUCGUCUUUAUGCGUCUCUUAUGCUUGGGUUGCUGUACUCUGUCUUGUUUGAGACCUUGGGUUGUUUGCUCCCAACCCAGGCGGGAGAGAGCUGGAGCUGGGUUUUUUCCUCAGAGUUGGAGAUGUUCAGUUGGUUGGGUCCGGCCAAAGCCCUGCUUCAUCUCUGCGCUCAUGCUAUUGGCAUCCACCUGUUUGUCAUGUCUGAAGUGCGCUCACGCAGCACCUUUCUUAAAGUCGGACAAGCUAUUAUGCACGGAAAAGAUCUGGAGGUGGAAAAAGCCCUGAAGGAGAGGAUGAUCCACUCUGUUAUGCCGAGAAUUGUGGCAGAUGAGUUGAUGAAGCAAGGCGAUGAGGAAAUUGGUGAUAAUUGUGGUAAACGUUACUCUACCAGUGGUGCAGCUGCAGCCAUUUCCAGCCCAAAAAACAACAAGCGCAAGAAAACCUCAAUUCCCAGAGGUCAGAUCAUCUUCAGACCCUUCAACAUGAAACGAAUGGAGCCCGUCAGCAUCCUCUUUGCAGAUAUUGUAGGCUUUACCAAAAUGUCUGCCAACAAAUCUGCUCAUGCCCUUGUUGGGCUUUUAAAUGACUUGUUCGGACGUUUUGACAGACUCUGUGAGCUCACCGGCUGUGAAAAGAUCAGCACUCUGGGGGACUGUUACUAUUGUGUGGCCGGCUGUCCAGAACCUAGACCAGACCAUGCCUAUUGCUGCGUAGAGAUGGGCCUGGGCAUGAUUCAGGCAAUUGAGCAGUUCUGCCAGGAGAAGAGGGAGAUGGUGAACAUGAGGGUGGGUGUCCACACUGGCACCAUAUUGUGCGGCAUCCUGGGGAUGAAACGCUUCAAGUUCGACGUUUGGUCGAAUGAUGUCAAUCUGGCCAAUCUGAUGGAACAGUUGGGUGUAGCAGGGAAAGUCCACCUUUCGCAAGCCACUUUUGACUUCCUGGAUGACCGAUACCAGCAUGAAGAUGGACAGGCCAAUGAGAGGAUAGGACAGAGUGUGGUGGCUGAUCAGCUCAAAGGCAUGAGGACCUACCUUAUCUCCAGCAGAAAGGUGGAGGUUCACUGUAACUGCACCCAGAUGGGGUUGUCUGGUCCAGGGAAUGCUGACCCUCAAUGCCAGAUGCCCAGAUUGCACACGCCUGAUGGGGCCUGCACCCUUCCCUCAGACAAAACCAAGGUGAGUUGUAAGUCCUGCGGUGUGACCCUUAUAGCAGGCGAGGAUCAGAUUCUGGAAGAAGGAAUGGUACAUAAUGGCUGCCGUGAUGACAAAACCAAUAACAGCAAGGACUCUUCAAAUCUGAAGUGUUCUCCUGCGGUAUCCGCUGGCCGCAGCCCCAAGACAGUGAAUGGCCUGCUCAGUCCUCAGCUCGAGGCCUUGAACAACAGCCAGACUUCACUGUGUGAGAUGCUGCAGGAAAAAGAGAAGAAGACUUGGAGUGGAGGAGCCAUGGGCAUGGACCACUCUGUGCUCAUCCCGCUGCGCUCCAAGAACUUCCGGGAACGGAGUGAUGCUCAUUUUGUGGAUGUUAUCAAGGAGGAUAGUCUUAUGAAGGACUAUUUCUACAAGCCGCCCUUACACAAGCUGAGCCUCACCUUCCUGGAGAGGAGCCUGGAGUCUGCCUACCGGAUAAGCUACCAGGAGGAGGUGGAGAAUCAAGGAGCAGUUCAGACGUUUGCCAGCCCAAUGUUCAGUUCUUUCCUGGAUAUGCUGCUGUGCAGUUUAGUCGUUCUGGCGCUCUCUCUUGCCUGUUUCCUCCGACCUCUCGUCACCCAGCAGAGUCCGUCCAUACCUGCACUUAUUCUCACAGCUGUAGCCACCCUGCUGGAGUCUCUGGCUCUGCUGUUUGCUAUUCGCAUGGCUUUCUAUCUGGACAGUGUGCUGAGCUGCACUCGGGUGCUGAUGAGGGCCGUCUCUGGCUGGAUACUUUGCCACUUUAUCGGAGCUGUUCUGGUGUCUUUGCCUGCUCUGGUAGUCUUCUCCCAUCUCACCUGUGACAUGUAUAACUCUAUCCAGUUUACUAUGUUCAUCCUCUGUGCUGUCAUCAUAGCUAUUAUUCAGUACUGUAACUUCUGCCAUCUCAGCUACUGGAUUCGCUCCACAGUAGGCACACUGGUGGGGCUGGCAAUGCUUGCACUGCUCUGCUGCUCCCCCUGCAGGUCUUAUGGUCAAAGCAACAUCACAAUCAGUUCCAUUUUAAUGUUUGACAACUCAUCAAGUUCUGAUCGACAACCCGACUCCAACCCACACAAACAUCUUAUUCCUGAAGCCUGUGUGGCCUUCUUUCUGCUCCUGCUCCUUGUUUGGUUCCUUAACCGUGAAUUCGAGGUCAGCUACCGUUUGCAUUACCACGGCAAUGUAGAAGCUGAUCAGCACCGCAUCAAGAUUCAGAACAUGAGGGACCAAGCUGACUGGCUUCUACGCAACAUAAUCCCAAUCCAUGUAGCGGAGCAACUUAAAGUCACCCAGAGUUAUUCCAAGAACCACGACAAUGUGGGGGUCAUAUUUGCCAGUAUCGUGAACUUCAGUGAAUUUUAUGAAGAAAGCUACGAGGGAGGCAAGGAGUGCUAUCGCGUUCUCAAUGAGUUAAUCGGUGACUUUGAUGAGCUUUUACGCAAGCCUGCCUUUGCAAACAUUGAAAAGAUCAAGACCAUUGGUGCAACAUACAUGGCUGCAGCCGGACUAAACACUCAGCAGUGCGCAGAUGCGGUGCAUCCUCAUGCGCACCUUCGCGCUCUUUUCGAAUUCACCCUGGAAAUGAUGCGAGUGGUGGAUGACUUUAACAAGAACAUGCUCGGCUUCGGCUUCAAGCUUCGCAUUGGCUUUAAUCAUGGGCCCCUGACAGCCGGCGUGAUUGGAACCACCAAGCUUCUCUAUGAUAUCUGGGGCGACACUGUCAACAUCGCCAGCCGCAUGGACACAACGGGCGUGGAGGGCCGCGUUCAGGUCAGCGAGGAAAGCUACUGUGUGCUCAGUGGCAUGGACUACGAGUUUGAUUAUCGAGGGACGGUUAACGUCAAAGGCAAAGGUCAGAUGAAGACGUUUCUUUAUCCUAAGAGCAGUGACCGUGGCCCCGUGCCUCAGUACCAGCUGUCAGUCUCACCAGAGAUCCGAGCGCAGGUGGAUGGUAGCAUUGGCCGGUCUCCCACUGACGAGAUUGCAAGAAUGUUGCCAACCACCAGCAAGAAUGCAAACAGUACCAAAACGAUGGUACCCAGUGCCAGCACUGGUUCCUCAAACACAACAGGGCUUUGUCAAAUGAAAGACUCAGUCAUCCGUGAAAGAUGUCCCUCCACAGCCGCUUCAUGUGCCAGACGAUCCAUGUCACACAGUGGCUUAACAUCAAUACCUGUAACCAGUCUUGAGGGACACUCGCCAAGUAACAAACAGCUCAUAGUCUCAUCCUCAAUCCAGCAACAUGCACUACAACACUCACCAAGAAAAGACACAAAAGACAAACUAGAGAAUAGCUGUGACAUUAUUACUGGAGAUUUAACCAGGCUUUAAGUACUUGCCACAACAGCACUUUUAUUACCAACCUUUCCUUUAAGAUUUCAUUACUGCUAUCUGCCAUGUGUAGAAGCUAUACGUUUGUCCAACUUCAGGUAGAGAAGGAAGAUUUGGACAGACACAGAAAGCUGGGUUGUACAAACAAGCCAGGUUUUCCAUCAGCCAAAAAAGAGCUUGUUUGUAGUGUAAAUGUGAUUGGCUGAUAUCAUCAGAGGUGCUUGGGGAAACACACAUAGGGUGUUGGGCAGAUAUUCAGAGAAAAUGGAAAUUUGCCUCCUAACAAUCCCAUUGUCUGCCAUUGACUUACUUGAUUACCUUUGCACCUUUAAUCUUGAUUGUUUCUUUCAAAUGUGUUUUAAGUGCCUUUAGACUAGAAUAAGAUUUAAACAAGGCCUUUUUAACUCAAUAACAACUAAAAGGAAAAACUUUACAAGCGAAAACUUUCUGGAAUAAAGCUUUGCUGUUGGUUUACUUUUAUGAACUAAAUUUUGCAAAGAUAUUUUUUUCUUUCUAUCCAAGAGGAGAUCAAUAAUGUGAGAAAUCAUACAAACGGAUAGUUAGAAUUUUUGAAGUGAGGUUCUGUGAAGUUUCCAGUAUAAACAGUGAAUGCAAAGAGAUACUAAGAUACUUGGUCCAUCUGACAACUCGAGGUGAAAAUGUUUGUAUCCAUGGGAUACAAUGUUUUAUCAUUACCUGUCUGAAAUUUCACAAGAUAAUGUUAAAUUUGUUGCUGUUUUUUCAGCCAAACAACAUCCGAAUUACUAAGCAAGUCACUAAUCUGGCAGAGGCUACUGGGAUAGCAGUCCGCCAGGAUAAUUUCUAAACAACUGUGCAAACUGGAAGAGCACAGGAGCGUGCCAUCUCCGAUUCUGAUGGACAAAAUCCAAAGCAGUCGUCGCUGAUGCGUCCGAUGGAUACACCCAGCAGCCAAUGUAACAACCAACAUGUUUUUAGUGUAGUAACAGAGAUUUUGUUCAGCUUAGAAAAUGCCAAAAAAAAUGACAACAGCUUCUUAUGAAAGUUUAAAUGUUUAAUAUCUCCUCUUUUAAUAUCUCCACAGAGUCCCAGGGAUAUUGACAUUUUCAGUUGUUGAUGUCUGAAAUGUGUUAAAAUAGCUAAAACGGGGUUGUUUGACUAAUUGUUCUGAGACACACAAAGUCCAAACGUUUACUCAAAUCUCGCAGGACCUAGAGCGGACUGAUGAGGUGAAAGUGAUGAGGCAGAUUAAUACAGCUUCAUUAAUUAACACUACGUCAGCUUAGAAAACAAAAACGGGUAACAAUAUACUCCCUUGUGAAGGUUUUGAUGGUAAAUAUCUCUCACAAGUUAUGAGACGUGGAAAAGCAAAUGAAUGCAUCAACUUCAAUAAUGUU